AUGAAUGCUGUGGAGGCCGACGGGGUUCCUGCUUUGGAACAGGCUGUUCCUGAGAAUAUGAACUCUGGUGAGGAACCUGUUUAUGAGGAGAUGAUGCAUCUUUCACCCAAAAGCUAUGGCGAGGAGCCUGGACAUGAUGAGGGAAAAGAUGAAGCCGAGGAUGAGGAAGAAGAGGAAUGGGCGCAGUGUGUUCAGAAUUGGGUAGAGGAUAUGGAGGAUGAAGGAUUGUAUUGGAGACUGAUUGCUCAAAUUAUGGAAUUGGCGCAUAGUAGAGUGGGAACAAGCUGUUGUAAAUUCUGUACAGCGAUAACAUAUUGUCAAGAGAGUAGUUGUGUGAAAAACAUGACACACAAGAAGAUGGGACAGGAUGAGGAAGAGGAGGCGAAGGAAGAAGAAGAUGAUGAUGAAGAAGAAAGUAUAGUGUGUGUCGAAUAUUACCUAGAGAUGAACGACUAUGACGAUGUGAGGUGGGAACAGUUUAUACAAAUUGUGGAAGUUGCGCAUGAGAAAGUGAAUCCUUCAUGUUGUGAUUAUUGUGGAGAAAUAGCGUGGUAUCAAGAACGCAGCUGGGUGAGAAAGAAAAUGGAACGCCCACAACCUCCCUGCGUGCGAGAUUUAUAUCCGGGUGUAGGGAAAACUCGAGCAUAUUCGGAGGUGGCGGAUGUCGUCCCUGUGAAGCCGGAACCAAGUUGCUGCUGGGAAUGCAUGACCAUAUAUAACAUGCAAUCUGUAAAGAAGGAUCGUAAGGAAGAUUCCCUAGCAGAUGCCGAGCACGGUACCGCCUGUGAUUCCGGACCGGACAUGACGGAUACCUCUGGAGAUUCCGGAGCAGACACGGAGCAUGAAGCCGCGGAAAAGGCGAGGGAACCCCCGGUUGAUGAAGCGCAAACACCUGAACAGCCAACGGAUGCUGAUCCGGACAAGGAGGGGGAAGAAGAAGAAGACGCCCGCCCCUGCAUUGAGGCUUUAUUCCCUGAUGUGUGGGACAGACCCGUUGAUUUCGCACUACUGGCCAGAUGCGUUAGCGAGGAGAUAAACCCAGGCUGUUGCUACCGCUGCGGACUGGUCGCCCUGUUUCAAAAGGAGGGAUACGGUGCCCAAGGCGCGUCUGUAGAUGUUCCAAAGUUUACGGUGUUUGAAGUAAAGGGGGCAGACCUGUGUAAAUUUCUGCAAAGGAAAGUGAUGGAGCGUGCUGAGAAGCAGAAUCAACUCAGAGAAAAAGAUGAGAAUCAGAACGAGUCAGAGUGAAGAUCGCAUUUUUUUUUUUCUGUAUAUAUAUGCAGCCUAAUAAAAAAACCUUUCAUUGUG